UUGGUGCAUGGUGAGGUGUUCAUGAAUUCUCCAAAUCUGGCUAUGUCAUUGGAACAUCAAAUGCCGGUGCUUAUGAAAAAGACGCAGAUGAGUGGAGAUCGCGCGGGAUCACAGUGCGGUUUGACGUCACUACUGCCGAUGUCCUGCCGCGGAAGAGCCGCGGCGUUCGCGCGCGACUUGCAUUCAAGACUGCGUAAUUUGGGAGCAUCGCAUGACGGUGAAUUGGAAAACACAUGGCUGAGCAGGGAUAAUAAUACACACAGGCCUAACAACUCAAACCAUUCACGCGACAUCGACACCUUCUACGACUUCGAGCUAGAGUGUGAGAGUCCGUCCAGUCCUGUAGAUGAAUACGUUCAGUUCCCGGACAAACACAACGAAGAUAAGGAUCCGCCUUUUUACGAUGUAGACUCAGAUCCAGAACAUAAGGAGCAAAAUAAAUUGAUGCUCAAACAGCCCGAUAAGGGGGUGAAUGGAUUUAAAUUCUCAACGGCAUUUUAUACGGAAUCUCCAAUAAACUUCCAACCAUCGUCCAAGGAAAACGGGCAUGUCGAUAAACCACUCUAUUCUCCUAUCACUUUUGAAGGUUGUGCUCGGCAGAACAGUUACGAUGAGGUUGACUGCGCACAGCCUUUGAGGCCUUACGACACGGAACGACUAUUCUCACAGUUUAAUUCAAACGACAGCGACUCAGAAUUCGAAUCGGCUAAGAGCGAUCCCUCUGAAGGAACAGACGAGGUUUCACAAGAUGAUACUGUCUUAAAAAAUAACUUAGUGGAUGCUAUCGAUGUAUUGUCAAUUACAGAAACAGAAAAUUUGCAAACAGAUGUUCCUGAAUGUAGUGUAGAAGUGUCGUUAGCAACGUCGGAGUGUGAGACUGUCGAUAAAACUGAAGCGGAAUCUAUUUUAAGUAAUGGCUUCACGGAAAUAGUUACCAGUGAGGCUCCCAACGAAAACGAUUCAUUGUCAGUUCCAGAAAUCGAUUCCACAUUACUAAACGCUGAAUCUAAAUCAGAGGACGAUGGUGAAGAUGAUCGACCACAACGAGUACGGAGAUGUUCAUCAUUAAAAACUGGUAAAACGCCGCCCGGUACUCCCGGACGUAAAAAGAUUGUACGAUUUGCUGACGUGCUUGGACUCGAUCUGGCGGACGUGAAAACCUUCAUGGAUGAAAUACCGGUAAUACCAAAAUCAGCUUACGAUGAUCUCACUGGUUGUGACGUACAAAACUCCCCUCCCACGAGACCACCACCCCGUCUAGGGGCAUUGACCUUAGUUCCUUUAUUCCAAGUUCCUCGCGAUGUUACAGAAAAACUAGAAAGGCAGAACGUGUGCUUAGAAAGUUCACGUGUAUGUGACGGCGUCCACGUAACUAUUUGUGGCUCGGUCCGAGUACGUAAUUUAGAUUUCCACAAAACUGUACACAUACGCUAUACAAUGAAUCGUUGGAAAACAUACACGGACCUACAGGCGAACUACGUACAGGGCUCAUGCGAUGGAUACUCGGACCGCUUCCAGUUCACGUUAUACGCACCUUGUAUUUCUUCGGGCCAAAGAUUAGAAAUCGCCGUCAGAUUCCAAUGUAAGGGGCAACAGUUCUGGGACAACAACAGCGGAGCUAACUACUGUUUCGAUUGCUUGGCUCUAGGUAAUAUUCAUGCUACAUCUUCCCCAAUGGCGCUACAUCCGACCGUUGAUUGGCAUCCAUCCUUCUACUGA